AUGUGCCAGGCACAGGAGCAAACAGUUGUUCAGGUGAAGGACUCGCGUGAAUCAGCCAUGAAUGGCAAUGAAGAUGCUGUUUCAAGGAGGCUUGGGGGCACCAGCAGAAUAUAUUUGUAUUUCAUCAUCGCCAUCCUCGUCGCAUUGCUCGUCUUCGCGUUGGGCACCAUCAUGGUCCUGGUCGUUCAGAGGACGGCACCUGAUCCUGCCAUGGAGGGCAUCAAAAAACCCAUCAGGACUGGGAACACCUUUGAGGACUAUUCCAGAAUCCUACAGCAUGUCCCGACCAAGGGAGCUGCUGCCUACAUGAGAGUGUCCAGCCCAGUGAACAGUUCCAAGCUGAGCCUGGUGGAGAAGGGGAUUUGUGAGGACAUCCAGUGCGAGAGCAAAGAGCUGGUGAUAAAGAAACAAGGCGUCUACCUGAUCUACUGCCACCUGAACUUCCACCUUCCCAACUGUUCCAAGAGCCCCACCGACCUCAAGAUAGAGCUCCUCGUGAACGACAGGGUGGACAGGCAGACGUUGUCCACGUGGUGCGAGGCAGAAACCUGCCAAGGAAAGGCUUUUAAGACCUUGUUCCAGCUCCAUUUGACCCACCUGAAGGCGAAGGACCGAAUAUCCGUAGCACUCAAUCACCCUCAGUUCCUGAAUGAGGAUUCCCUGCCCAAUGAGAACGUCCUCGGGGUGUUGAAGUACAGCGAUGAGAUGUGA